UAGUUAGUUAAUGUUUUUGCCUUUUUGCCGCCAUUAUAAAUGGCAAGACCCCGUUACCGACUUCGUUGAGUUUGAACACUUAAGAGAACUUUUAGUCAGUCACAAACGCGGUUAUUACAUCAAAACGACACGAAGCACUUUCGUUCCCGAUACUCAUACUCGGAACACCAACUCCCAUCUUCGCCUUCGGGUUAGGGUUAGGGUUAGGGAAUUAGGGCUUCGAACUUCGACGCAAUGUCGUCCAUUAACCCCUCACGAGCUACCGCUCCCUCCGCCUUCGCCACGCGCCGGCCGUGGGAGGAGUUCUUCGCGCUCCACUCGUUCACGCGCCCCUACACCCUCGGCGAGACCACGCUCCGCGUGAAGCGCAACCUCGGCCACUUCCGCGUGAACUACGCCAUGGUCGUGCUCCUCUUCGUGUUCCUUAGCCUCCUCUGGUUCCCUAUCUCCCUCGUCGUCUUCCUCGCCGUCUUCGCCGCGUGGUUCUUCCUCUACUUUUUCCGCGAUGGCCCCAUCGUCGUGCUCCGCCGCGAGCUUGACGACCGCCUCGUCCUCGCGGCGCUCUCCGCCGUCACCGUCGCCGGGCUUGUCCUUACCGGCGUCUGGCUCAACGUUGUGGUGGCGUUGCUCUUCGCGGCGGCGGCGGUGGCGCUGCAUGCGGCGCUUCGGAACACCGAGGAUUUGUACGUGGAUGAAUUGGAAGUUUCUGAUGGAGGUUUGGUUUCGGUUGUUGGUGGUAGCCCUACGAAACGAACAGGAUCCUUUUGUAGCCUGCUGUGAGUCAAUUACUGAGACUUGUAACUGUACAACAUUUGAGAGAAUUGAAUAGAGAACCAUGGAAUGCCAAUUCAUCAUUCUCUUAUGUUUAGCUGCAAUUAGCUGACACCUAAGUUAGUUAAUGUUAGCUACCUCUUUUUAGUUAGUCAGUUGGCCAUUUGGGUUGAUUGGGAUCUGUUCUCUCAAAACAUGUGUAUAAGAACAGAUUGUAAACCACAUGCAAUCAGACUCUGACUAUUGAAACUCUUCCCUCUUUUAUUUUUGAGUACUCUUCAUGUU